UGUGUGGAAGCACCUGCUUUUAAUAUACUUUGUAUCCCUCAUUUACUCAAGUGUUUCCUUUAUUUUGGCAGUUAGCUGUAUAUGUAAAUGACUAUGACAUUUUAGAUGGCUGAUAGUCAUACGUUAUGUUAUCUAGAGCUGAGCAUUAUUUGUACAGAUGAACUUGAUCUGCAAAGUGCUGUGCAACAGAAACACAUAAUCACUGCCUCGUAGAUUGUGAUGAUAGAAUGCAGUAUUAACCUACCAAGAAUCAUUACAUUGGCAUGACAAAUGUACUGUGAAUUAUUACUACAAAAUUUAGAAGCUUUCUGGUGCCAAUGUAAUUGCUGUCAUCCUAACAUUUGGCAUUUCAAAACUUGCUCUGGGCAGUGGAAACAACAAAGAAUACCACUCUCCUAAGUGUUUUACAGUAUGAAGAGCAACAUGAAAUAAGAGGGUUAACCCACUGGCGCUAAUAUAUGAAUAGCUGCUAACUGAAAGACAUCAAUCCAUUUUAGCAUUGAGUGGUCCAGGCGGCUCUUGGGGUCACUGUGGUUGUUGCUGAUGAACCGUCCAUUCCACUGCAUUUAAAAAAAAUCUUGUUUUAGAACAAAUAUUCACUGUUUGCUGGUGUUCAUUUAAAGCUGUUUUGAAGGUAUUUCCUGUGUUUCUACUUUCCCUUCAUAAUUCAUUUUUACAUAGACAUUUCAGUCCGAGCUGCCAUCAUCAAAAUACUAAUGUAUUUAUUUACAGACCUGUUGUACCAGGCUUGCAAUUUGUCAUCAUGUUCAAAAAGACACUGCUACACAUUUAAAUCGUGCCACAAGUGCAGUACAGUUUUAUGACAAGCAUUUGCAUGUUGCUAUAGGUGUUGCUUUGUGUUAAAAUGAUUGUACAUCUGGAUUUGUUUACUUUUAUUGUAUUCUCACAAGUUGGGUCUAAAAUGUAGGCCUAUUAUAACUCUAGGUCAAUUUAAGUUUACUGUUAAUUUAUUGAAAUGUUCAUUUUGUAUAGCCUAAGUGUGUUUUUUUUAAAUAUGUUUUCAUUGAUAUUAAUGGAGUACUUUGUAUAGUUCUAAAAAUAUUGACUUUUUAUGUUGGCCAUAUGGUUGCUUCUGGAUCAGUUGUACUUGUUUUGGAUCUGUAAAAAGACAAAUGCUUGACAAAUAAACUGCCUGAUACCCACGAGCUUCUUUGGAGCUAAUGACGAACAUGGACCAAAUGAAGUGCAGUUUGUCGCGUGGUGAUGCAGUUGCCACAGUAACGAGAACAUGGCAGUAAAUCCUUUGCCAUCAUCUCUUCCUGGCAGCGUCAAUCCGUAUUUCAACGCCUACAAAAACUCGCUUUUUACCGAUGUCGAAAAACAGAAAACAACCUGCAAAAAACGUUUUAUCCAUAGACUGGUGUAUGUAGCGACGAGAAAGCUAAACGCUGACGAUAAUCAAAGUGCAAUUGCAGAAUACUAUGAGCAAUUUUUGUCGAAAUUCCAGAAAAACAUACAGACUGAAAAAGUCACUGGCAUACUGCUAUUAUAUCCCAAAAGUAUCAUUCAUUUGAUGGAGUCCUCUUCAGAAGUUCUCCACAUGAUUCUGGAAGAUCUGAACGAAAUGGAGAAAAUCCCAAAAUGCCCACUGAAGGAGGUGCGUAUCCUGGUGGUGUCUCAUUGUGUGCUGAGACGUAUGUUCCCGUUGUGGGGCUACCGCUUCGUGACGCUGCCCCUCAGCCUCCAGGACCCCAACCCACAGACCCAGCCCGUGGAGACCCUGGUCCCAGACAGCCUGGCCAUGAUCUACAAGAUGUGUGUGUGUCUACUCAAACGCAGGGGUAGCGGUUCAGGCCAGGAUGAUCAGGAGCAGGCUCUUCUGUUAGAGGAGGAUACAGUAAUCUACCUCUGUCAGAGUCCUGUGCUGCACUCCCCAUCCACCUUCCUACAAACCUACACCAAGCCUACCAACAUCCUCAUGGACUCCGAAAUCGUGUGGCCAACACACCGCAGACUUUACUGGUAGAAGAAAUUAAGAAAUUAUUACUAGACAAUCCUCCUCCCAUCAGUAACACCAAAUAAAACACUUUCUUACUGUA